AUGGGAGAACUUACUGAUUUGAAUUUGAAGGAAAUCAGGAGGGAGAAAUUACUGGCUUCAAUUUUUAAAGAGAUGUUUUCUGGAAAUUCAGUAGCAGAAUUUUUGAUUUUUAGAAUUAGAGGCCAGAAAUGUUUCUUCAAUGUUAGGAUUAUGCUGAUUUUGUCCAUGAUAGAAGAAGCGGCUGGAACCAGGAUGUAUGAAUACAAAAAAAUAGCUGCCCAGAAAACUAGAAAAAAGGAGGCUAAGCUUAAAGAAAUUAAGACGAUACUUGAAGAAGAGAUUACACCAACCAUUCAAAAAUUAAAAGAGGAAAGAUCUUCCUACCUGGAAUACCAAAAAGUAAUGAGGGAGAUAGAACAUUUGAGUCGUUUAUAUAUUGCUUAUCAGUUUUUGCUGGCUGAAGAUACCAAAGAACGCUCAGCUGAGGAGUUUAAAGAAAUGCACGAUAGAGUUGUAAAGCUUCAAGAAGAAUUAUCUGAGAAUGAUAAAAAAAUAAAAGCUCUCAGUCAUGAAAUAGAAGAUUUGGAAAAAAGAAAAGAUAAGGAAAUUGGAGGAAUACUACGCUCUUUAGAAGAUGCUCUUGCAGAAGCUCAGCGAGUUAAUACUAAAUCUCAAAGUGCCUUUGAUCUUAAGAAGAAAAAUCUGGAAAGUGAAGAGAACAAACGUAAAGAACUAGAGAAAAACAUGGUCGAGGAUUCUAAAACUUUAGCAGCAAAGGAAAAAGAGGUUAAAAAGAUAACAGAUGGAUUGAGCGCCCUUCAAGAAGCAAACAAUAAAGAUGCUGAAGCUUUGGCUGCUGCACAGCAGCAUUUUAAUGCUGUUUCCGCUGGCCUCUCCAGUAAUGAAGAUGGAGCAGAAGCGACUCUUGCUGGUCAAAUGAUGGCCUGUAAAAAUGACAUAAGUAAAGCUCAAACAGAAGCUAAACAGGCUCAGAUGAAGUUGAAACAUGCCCAACAAGAAUUAAAGACUAAACAAGCUGAAGUAAAGAAGAUGGAUAGUGGCUAUAAGAAGGAUCAAGAUGCUUUAGAGGCAGUGAGGAAACUUAAAGACAAACUCGAAGCUGAAAUGAAAAAGCUAAAUUAUGAAGAAAACAAGGAGGAAAACCUUUUGGAAAGGCGCAGGCGGUUGUCUCGUGAUAUCAGUAGAUUGAAGGAAACAUACGAAGCUCUCUUGGCCAGAUUUCCCAACCUUCGAUUUGCAUACAGGGAUCCAGAGAAGAACUGGAAUAGAAAUUGUGUGAAAGGACUGGUAGCUUCCCUGAUAAGUGUGAAAGACACUUCUGCAACCACAGCUUUAGAAUUGGUAGCAGGGGAGCGGCUUUACAAUGUUGUAGUAGAUACAGAGGUUACUGGAAAAAAACUACUAGAAAAAGGGGAAUUGAAGCGUCGAUAUACUAUAAUUCCACUCAAUAAAAUUUCAGCCAGAUGUAUUGCUCCAGAAACUCUGAGAGUUGCUCAGAAUCUUGUUGGCCCUAACAAUGUUCAUGUGGCUCUAUCCCUGGUUGACUACAAACCAGAACUUCAGAAAGCAAUGGAAUUUGUCUUUGGAACAACAUUUGUUUGUGACAGUAUGGACAAUGCAAAAAAAGUGGCUUUUGAUAAAAGGAUAAUGACUAGAACUGUAACUCUAGGAGGUGACAUAUUUGAUCCUCAUGGGACAUUAAGUGGAGGUAGGUUUUAUAUUAUUUUGUCCUUGUAAUCCUGUGUGGGCAAU